GGUUAAUGCGGGUUCUAGAAGCUGCUCCGCUUGUUUGUUACAUUGUAGCUGAAAUUGAUAAACCGUUACUUUGUGUUCCAUUUGGAGCAGCAAUUACAUUGUAAUCGACCCGUUACAUUGUAUCCGCCUUCUGUUACAUUGUAAUCGACCCCCGGCUACAUUGUAUCGACGUGGCUGUUCUUUCUAUUGUAUCCCGGAGCAGUGAUUUAAGAUGUCUGGACGAGGUAAGACUGGCGGCAAAGCCCGGGCUAAGGCCAAGUCCCGAUCUUCUCGGGCUGGCUUGCAGUUCCCCGUCGGCCGUGUCCACCGUUUGCUGCGGAAAGGCAAUUACGCCGAGAGGGUUGGAGCCGGGGCGCCUGUCUACCUGGCCGCUGUCCUGGAGUACCUGUCGGCGGAAAUCCUGGAGUUGGCCGGCAACGCUGCCCGGGACAACAAGAAGACCAGGAUCAUCCCCCGUCACCUCCAGCUCGCCAUCAGAAACGACGAGGAGCUCAACAAGCUGCUGGGAGGGGUGACCAUCGCUCAGGGAGGGGUCCUGCCCAACAUCCAGGCCGUGCUCUUACCCAAGAAGACCCAGACCUCUAAAAAAUGAGGCAGUGCGGUUUGCUUUGUGAAUGGUUUUGAGCAAGUUCUGAUUUUUAUUUUGGUUGGGGGGGGGGGUUAUUAGGGGGAUAUAUGAAUGCAACCCAUGGACCCAGUCUUUGAUCUCUUUUAUUUCAUUGUACCGUUGAUGUAACCGAUCCCAAGAGUUUGGAAGACCGAGGAACUGUCCUACGGGAAACCGGCGCUAAAGACUUGGGGGUGGGGGUUGGGGGGUCAGAAAAUCCGCUCCGCUUUGCGGAUUCCGCCCGCCGGAUUGACCAUCUUGUGUUUUUGUGUUCGUGUGUUCGGUUUGUUUGUAGUUUGCGAGUCCGCUGGAAAUGGUUCCGAUGUUAUUUAAAUUUAAUAAGACGCCGCAUUGUCUCCGGGAGAAAUCCUGUUUUGCAUUCCGAGUUGUAGAUGUAUUUGCUUUUUGUCUCUCGUUUUUUUUUUCGUAAAGCUCUUUCAGCCAAGAAAUGGCCGAGUGACUGUACCCGAGGCUGAGAGCGCUGGUGGACUUCAGAGCCAUGUAUUAAGAUUCAUUUUUCCUCCUAUUUUCGUUUGACUUUCCAAUACGGGGUCUAGUUCCUACGAAAGGAAAUGACUUUUGUUUUCUUUUGCAGUUCGAUGGAUCUUUAUCCCAGUUUUUUUUUGGAAAAGCCAAUGGGAAUCGGAGAUGUUUAAUGUAUCUGUAGUUUUAGCACUUUAAUCGCAUCCAGUGUUUUGGAACUUUUAUUUGUUUGC